AAAUUUGUAAUAACUAUUGUUAUUGUUGWUAAAAAUUAGCAUUUUUAAAAAUUUUCCAUUUUUUUGCAACAUUUUGGAAAAGGUUGAUCACGUYCAACAGCAUGUAGUAUCCGUAUAAUAAAUUUGAGUGCUUUUGUAUAAAACAUCUACGAGUAUAUCAGCCGGAAAGCCAUGCUAAAACUUAUCUCAGCACGCAAAGUGGAAAUGAAAAUGAUCAAGUUAUUAAGCCGAAUAGAGGUCGUUUCAUUAAUAAGAUGAARUAUGCGAUAGAAGUGACACUAAUUUAUUGGUAGUUUGUUAAACCUCUGGAGGUCUUUAAAAUUUAUUAUAUAUUUUAUGAGGAAAGACCACUUCAAGACAAGUGUCUUGGCAAUCAAGUCAUUAAUUAUAAUGUUUAAUGGCAGCUGUUGAUAAUUUUGUGAACUUGACSAGAGAUCAAAGUGAAAUGUUUGUCCGUUAUGACCUUCAGUGUACUUAAAAUGUCUUAUAAAAUCGAAGCACUCCCCAACGCAGGAACCUUGAUUGGUGAAGGUCCUCACUGGGAUAUUGAAACACAAAGUCUUUACUUUGUCGAUAUCGAUGUUGGUAGAUUACUACGUUAUGACUACAAAGAAAACAAAACCUACAGUGCAGUGCUUGAGGGUGAACAAUUUGCCUCUUUUAUUAUACCAGUCGAAGGUGAGAGCGGUAAGUUCGUAGUAGGCGCGGGUCGUCGUGUAGUGGUCGUCGCUUGGGAUGGCGUAGYACCAAAAGCCAAGGUGGUGCGUGUUGUACGCGAAGUACAACCAGACUUUGCUAUGAAUCGUUUGAAUGAUGGCAAAGCCGAUCCACGGGGUCGUCUUGUGGCUGGUACCAUGUAUAUUGAUCCAACGUUUUCGAAACGUGAGGGUGAAUUGUAUAGCUUCGAGAAAGGUAAACCGGUGGCGUUAAUCAAGUCUGAUGUUGGCAUCUCGAAUGGUUUGACAUGGGACGAGAAGGCGAAGAAAUUCUACUUUAUCGAUUCACUUGACUUCAAUGUCAAGGCGUACGAUUAUGAUUUCGAUACUGGCGUCGCAAGUAACCCAAAGGUGAUCUUUACACCCGGCACAUAUUUACCCGAUGGCAUGACAAUUGAUACUGAUGGCAAUAUUUAUGUUUGUACUUUUACCGGUGCUACAGUGUUUAAAGUGAAACCAAGCACCGGCGAAGUUUUAUUGGAAAUCAAAAUGCCCUGCAAACAAGUCACUUCAGUUGCGUUUGGCGGCCCMAAUUUGGAUAUCUUGUACGUAACGACCUCCAAACUGAAUGAUCAGCCACCACCAGCUGGUAAUACCUACAAGGUGACCGGUUUGGGUGUGAAAGGUUUGCCGAUGACAAAAGUACAAUUGUAAGAGCCGCGAUAAUUACAUACGCUAAUUGUUAUCUCGCCGGAAAAAAUUUUGUUAUAAUUUUGACUAAGUUUGAUACGAAAUAAAUAAGCAAAUAAAUAAGGAAAAAAGCAA